CCCCCCCCCAAAAAAAAAAUUAUAGUUUCCAUUAAAACCAAUAUAAUUCCCAUUAUAAACAUUAAAAUCAUUACAAAUUCUAUGAGGGUUUCGUUUUUUCAGCACAGUACUGCAGUAACCUCCUGGAUGCUUUUUCAGAAUUAUAUAUACAUUCUUUGUACCUCAUUAGUGCCAUACCCUUUUACGACAUCCUUUUCAACCUUCGAAAGCUUUGUUAAUUUGUAGCCAAUGGAGAAUAUCUAGUUGAAUUUAGCAUGAAUGCUGUCAUGUGGCAGCAGUGCAAUACAAAUAGAAACCAUGCAGCUAUAGGUCAAGAGCCUCAGCGAAAGUUCACAUCAACCACCAAAAUGGGGGAAAUGUGCUCUCAGUUUGUUUAACCUUGACAUGGUUGUUAGUGAUUUAGGCUACAUUUACAUUUAUUCAUUUAUCAAACACUUUUAUCCAAAGCGACUUACAAAUGAGGAAAUACAAGCAAAAGUAGGCUAGACUAUUUCAGUAACUGCUGAUUUCCUGGGAUGUUCAUGCAUAACAGUCUCUGGAGGUUAUGCAGAAUGGUGCAAAAAGAGAGAGAAAAAAAAGUAAGCAGCGGUUCAUGCAGGCGGAAACGAGCUGACAGUAAGGCUACAAUAGCUUACAUAUCCAUCCUUUACAACCGAGGUGAGAAGAAGCAUCUCAGAAUGAGCAACAAACUGAACCUUGAGUAGGACUGUUACUAUAACUACUUUUCUUGGAGGAUAUAUUGAACCAGAAAUAAUUGCGAUAAACCAUAUUAUUGUCAUUUUAAAACCAUUUUAUACCACCGAUUUAACAAUAUUGUAAUAGCAUAGUUUUUGUCUUCUGACGAAAAUAUCCUUUAAAUUUAGUCAAUAUUUUGUCAUGACAUUCAUUUUAUAGUCAAUGUAUUCUGACUAAAAUGGCAUCAAAUAUAAGUCAAUGGCACCGCAAGUUGAGAAAAUGCAAAACUUACAGCAAAUAUUCACACAUUUUAUACAUUAACUUAAACAUGUAUCAACAAAAACCUCUGAAUACUGCACUCGUUGUGAAAUAAUAACAAUGAGUACACUAUUGUAAUGCAAUAUUGUGAAUUCUUUAUACUUUAGUUAUUCAUUGUCCGUAUUUUCGUGUGUUGAUACGGAAAGAACGUAUUCACAACGUGAUACCAUUCUACCUAGCGCAUUGCUUUAGUUCACUUGUGCAUUCACGUCAUUUUGUGCAGAAGCGAGUUGUAGUAUUAGGUUUAUGUUGUGUAAAUGUCUUGUUUGGGUGAGUACCCAGCUAGUUAAGUGCUUCAGUUUACCUCUUUUCAUUCACUCUUCAGCUUCAGCACACGCAGUUUAAGCAGCUCAAUCCCAGACAUUAUUGAGUAUGACUGGAUUAUUUUAAACACUCACGUUUUUUUUUAUUUUUUCUAAAUUUUUCUUCUUCUUCAAAAAAAACAUUGUUAGUGCAUUGGUUAUAUUUUAUAAUUUUUUCAGCAGUAUGUUUUAAUUAAAUUGGUGCUAGUGCUUACUACACAUCAUAAAUUUGAAUGCACAGUUUUUGCAUUCAAAUGUGCAUUUUUAUCUUAAAUUUGACAAAUAUUCAAAGUAAAUUUAGUUUAACAGCCGUAGUUAUUGAUCUAGUUCCGUUUUCUCGUUGUGUAUUUUCCCUGAAUUUGCUGUUCGCUGAUCACCUGACCUGUUCCUGUGAUUUGUUUAAUGAGUUGGAUUAACAAUUUGGAUUUGUCUGCUUGCCUCUCAAAUAAAAUGCUUAAACUGCAUCUCUACUCACCGGACAUGGCAUGAUGAUGUUUAUUCUUAUGUAAACAAACACACAUGUAAACACAAUGGGCAAUAUCAAGGUCAGCAAAAAUGAUCGAGGUCAUGUCCAUAUAUAGUAUAAUAAGUCAAUAAAGUCAAGUAAUUAUCGUGACAGAUCUAACCUUGAGGCAGAUGGGCUACAACCCCAAAAGACCUAAUCAAGGUCUACUCCAGUCAGCCAAGAACAGGAAUCUGAGGCUACUGUGGGCACACAUUCCUUUAUGGCCACAAUUUACACACAUAACAGCUACUUAUAAUGGCUUCUUAUAAUGGCUACUUCCAGCAUGAUAAUGUGCCAUGUCAACAAGAACAAGUCAUCUUUAAUUGGUUCCAUGAACAUGACAGUGAGUUCAGUGUACUUCAGUGGCCUCCCCAGUCAUCAGAUGUGAAUCCAGUACAGCACCUUUGGGAUGGGUGGAACACCAGAUUUGCAGCAUGAAUGGGCAGCUGACAAAUAUGCAGCAAUUAUGUGAUCCCAUCAUAUCAAUAUGGACCAGAAUUUCCAAGCAAUGUUUCCAACACCUUGUGGAAUCCAUACCUUGAAUAAUUUACAUUGUUCUGGGGAACUCUUCUUUUUGGUGCAUGCAGAUAAAAAUCAUUUGGAAGCCUUUUUAUUAAUUGGGUAGGUUUCCCCUUGCUGCAAUGGACUAAUUAUAGAUGCCCCUGUAAACUGGUGAAGAACAAUCUAAGGAUGGGGUUAAUGACAACCCCAGUGUAAAGCUUAAUAUUGUUUUUCAGUUUUCAGUAAGCCUAUGUAAACGUCUGAUAAUGGUUUGUGCAUCGAUGCAGAAUCUUUUAAGAGAUUUACACCCUGAAGAGGUCCUCAAUCGCCCCCUAGUGUCAGGACUGUGUAUGACAACUGCCACUACCAAAUAAUAAUAAUGUAUGGUCCUUCAUACCAUCAUGCCAGACUGUCUGAAUUGUAAACAACUCCAGGAUUCCAACCAUGUAAUUGAGUUGAGUUUUUAGUCUUGCUGCAUUUAUGAGUCACUUGGUUUGAAGCAUUACCAGUGCAUAACUUUAUUUAAAAUAUAUGCAUAUAAAGCAUGUAAGCAUUCAUUUAACUUGUAACUACUGUAAAUUUGAUGCUGCAGUGGUAGUUUUGAACCUGAUUAGGAUAUCUCUGCCUCAGACCGACUCGUAUUAUAAACAAGGUGCUUCAAUUUCAAGUGAAGCCUUAAAAAGUCCUGUCUUAUUUCGUACAACCCACUUUUUAAGGAUGUAUGUCGCUCCAUGCUAUUACACCCAAAUGAUUUACUGAACCUGAAUCGGACAGUUCAUUGCAAAGCAACGCAGCAUUACAUAUAUAAUAUCUUAGAAUUAACAGAUUAAUAAAAUGUCCAACAAAAACACAUCAAAUCCUAGCGUACUAUUAGAAUAGAUUUGACAAUAUGUGAAGUAGGACUCAUAAAUACAUAAAUACCAGCUUGUGCAUUGCUAUUUUUCCCUGGCACAUCUGUCACUUACCAUUUAAAGUACAUUCGCUUUUUUUUUUUUUUUUCUUAGAGAUUGCUAUGAAAAUAACAUGACUUUGCAUGACCGAAUUAGUUGUUUACAGUAUCGGUCACUUGCGCAGGGGACCCAGAUGAGGGAUUUGAAUUGAAACUGAAACAGUUGAACUUUUUUCUUGGUUUGUUUGAAAGAAAAUCUCAAAUAUUUUUUUACAGAAUGUAUUUUGUUGUUUGACAUACAUGCAUUUUACAGAACUUUUGCAAAGAUGUAAAAGUAGUGUAGAGUAUAAUCCUGAAGAAGAAGAAUACAUAGUCCUGCAUUAUUGAUCUGCUGCUCAAACUGUUUGAACACAUCUGACCACCACAGGAGAGCAAAGGGAGGCCUCAACAGUAGCGUUUGCCCUUUUGUCAGGUGUCAAAUUUGAUUCCACAGCAAUCAGUGGCUGGGAGACAAGGGAACAAAAUUGGUAUCUGGGUGGGAGUGAUGUUUUGCUCUCUGUCCCCUGUCAAUCACAACGACACUAGGCAAUUUGCAGGCAUCUGUGAGAUCAUGUAUGGAGAAGCAGGCAGUAAUGCUUUCCUCGGGGGCAUCACACAUCUCACAGCAUUUUGUUUUUAAAAGGACCCUCUUCAUCACAAUUAUCUUUUUUGUGCUACUGUAUUUCUUUUAUUUCCUCACUGGAGUAAAAAAUAUGAAGAACUUCAAGCCUAUUGUUUUAUACCCUCAAUUUAAAAGGAAACCGCCACCCUUGAUAUCAUGUGGCGUGCCAGUGCAAAAUGAUCCAAUCAUUAAAGUCAACAAUCUUAAAACAUAUCUGGUCGGCUCCUACAUAGAGCACCGUCAGGAGGUGAAAAUGAUAAAGACGAUCGCUAUAGUGCUUCGUAGUGAAACCACAAAGUAUAACUGCUUGCUGUGCUGCAGCGGACAGACGACAUCCGUACCCGCAAUGUACAACAUUCACUCUGACCACUUUGGGUUUGAAUACGGUACGGCUGAUAUUACCUGCCAAUUACCAGAAAACUGUACAACGCCGACACAUGUGGCAAUCACUUCCCGAUCAUCUAAAAAGGAUGGAUCCUCACAGGACAUUCACACCUUCCAACCUGUCAGGAAUCAGCAGAAGCAGGAAGUCUUUCCUUAUGAGUUUACAGUCUGCAUUUCUGUCAUGUAUGAUUAUGACAAUGUUCUGGAGCUUGUGCAGACCAUGGAGAUAUUCAAGAUACUCGGAGUCCAGAAGGUAGCUAUUUACAAAACCAGUUGCCUUCCCAAAACACAGAAGGUCCUGGAUUACUACAUCAAGCAGAACUUUGUGGAACUUAUCCCCUGGAAAGUAAAUUCUUACAUCAAGGUGUCCAGUGGCUGGCAGAAAUCGGUUUCAUCAGGAGAGCUGCAUUACUACGGCCAAAUUGCGGCACUCAACGACUGUGUGUAUCGUUACAUGUACCAGACUCGCUAUGUAGCUCUGCAAGACUUGGAUGAAAUUAUUUUACCUAUGAAUUUAAAAAACUGGACAGAGCUCCUGCCUGAACUGGAGAGGAAAUACAAUCAGAUUGGUGGCUUUGAAUUUGAGAAUAAUUAUUUUCCUGUUUCCUUCACGAAUUCAAGCCCUAAGUAUUCUCCAGACUCCUGGAAGAAGGUUACAGGAGUAAACAUUUUAGAACAUAUCAUUAGAAUAAGCAAUGAUCCGACGAAAUUCAAUAACUUCAAAGUGAUUGUUAAUCCUCGCUUAGUGUUUCAGACUACAGUCCACGGACUUUUGCAGACUGUGAGGAAUAGUGUCAGAGUGGACCCUCACAUUGCCCGUAUGUAUCACAUGAGAUCCAUUCCAAAAGAAAUCUGGGUAACACAUUCCCAAAUACAGGACACACAUCUGAGGGACUAUGCGGACAGUCUGAUCCCGGCUGUUUCUAAAGUCCUUCGAGAAGCAUUGGGCAUUUAAAAUAAUGCAUCACUAAUCUGUGUUAAACCAGAAAACUAUUUGUGAAAUGUAUGGUUAGGGGCAUGAUGUGGUAAGAGUAUAAAAUUUAUUUUAUUUAAACUUGCCAGGAUACUGUUUACAAAUGCCAAAAUCACUGUAAUAAGUUUAGGUGGAGGGAAAUUGAUCUGAAUUGUACGAGAUAGGAAGCAAUAAAUGCCUUGUAAGAACUGUUUCACUUUGUCAUUUCCCCCUUUUCUUUUUGCACAGGAAAUGAAACCAGCAGACCAUGGCAAUUUAAAUGAUAGUUCUAAGCAUUUAUUUUAGCAAUGUUAAAAUGGAGGGAAAGUUGUCAGGAAACACAAAAAUAACACAAAGCAUGUGAAUGUCCCUUAGCACAUUAUUUGCAAAAAUAAAACAGCUUAUUUGAAUGUCAACCUUUAUAUCCUAAUUAGUAUUUAAAUGGUUUUAUCUUCAGGUGUUGAUUCCUGAUUCCUAACAUUUAUAAUUACAACAGAUGUCCUUCAGCAACAAUACUUAACACACACAUAUUCCAUCUGAAUAGUACUUAUAUUGGCAGUGGACAAAUAGACAAUAAUAUAUAUGUGUGUGUAUGUGUGUGUGUGUGUGUGUGUGUGUGUGUGUUUACCUUUCCCAACACACAGAAAUUUAAGUAACUUCUUUCCUCCUCAUCCAGACUCUCUCCACCUGUAAUCAAAUGUAAUCAAAACUGCAAAACUACAUUUGUUAGUAUUUUGCAUACACCAUGUUGAAGCAUACAGAAGAUCCCAGUAAGUACUUCAACCUUAUGGAAUGAGAUAAUCUCAAUUUCUGAUGCAGAAAAACUAGUUCAUGCGUUCAUGACCUCAAGACUGGAUUAUUGUAAUGCACUUCUAGGUGGUUGUCCUGCAUCCUCCUUAAAUAUACUACCGUGAGUAGAUACAAAAUGCAGCUGCUGGAGUGCUUACUAGAUCAUGAAAAUAUGAACAUAUUACCCCAAUUAUAUCAUCACUAAUUUCUAUCACAUUACAAUCCUUCACGCUCUUUAAGGUCACAAAACUCUGGACUUUUGAUAAUACAGAGGAUAUCAAAGUCAACUAAAGGAGGUAGAACUUUUUCACAAUUAGCUCCUAAACUCUGGAAUAGCCUUCCUGAUAAUGUUCAGGGUUCAGACAUACUCUCUCAGUUUAAAUCCAGAUUAAAAACACAUUUCUUUAGUCUAACAUUCACAUAACGCUUCCCAUAAUGUUGUACUGCAGUCAUGUCUGAUAAAACAAUAACAAAUGUACAUGGCCAUCUCUGCCUGAAAUGCACUGAACAGCAGCUACGCUAAUCCUUCUCCAUUUGUCUCCUCUUCCUAAUCAGUGAAUGUGACAACUCCAGCUCAGAACCAGCCUCUAGGAAGAUUCCAGAUGACACCAACACCCACGAAAAUCUGACCGUUCUGCUCUCCGGGCCGGCUUUGAUCGUCCUGGUACCCUGCUUCUGGAAUUCUCGUUGCUUGGAGGCCAGUCACUGUUGCCGAGGAUGGCCCCCUAUGGACAACCUGGGGACACUUUGAAGCCGUGGAGAAGGCAUUGGACUGCAAUUGAUGCGGGCAGUUUUGGUGCGGUGUCUUGGAACUGCAUUUGCGCUGACUGUUUUGGACUACAAUUGCACAGACUUUGUGCCCGGGUCUCCAUCGGUGGACAGUUCAUAAUUCCAGCGGAAUAGACUUCAUGUUGAGAUUGUGGUGAUUUCCUGAUUACACAGUUGCACUAUUUGUUUUAUCGUAUAGCACACAGUUAUGGAAGGGAAUUAUUUUAAAUUACACAAUCCGGUGUCAUCCAGAUGAGGAUGGGUUCCCUUUUUGAGUCUGGUUCGUCUCCAUGUUAGAUAUUCCCAUUACCUUUUUGAAAGUUAACAAUAACGUAGCAUUACAGCUAUUCACCAUGAUGUAAUAUAGAGAGUGGGUUAAGGUUAAAUACAUUUAGCAAGUGUUUUGGACAAGGCAAGCUGUAGUAAUUAGCAUUAGGAGGAUGGGUUAGGGCCAUGUUUCUUCGUGUGUUCGGUGAACGUUAAUGCUGGUGAACAGGUGCAGACAGUCAGUGGCUAAUGAAACUUGCUAGCUCAGUAAUGUCAAGGUCAAAAGUUCUUCACAAGGUUAACGUGACAACAAGAGAGGUUGGGGGUUACAGUAGGUUGAAAUGAUUUCCCCGAUCUCUGUAAUGUUGAUGUCUCUGUAACUUAAUUAGGUUGUGCAAAAAAAUUGGUAGUGAGGUGCUAAAGGCUGGACAAUAAAUAUUAUCUAGUUAGCUAGAUUUUCCUGGUGAGUCUACAGCACCAUUUUGUUCAUUAGGAGAGUGGAGGUCACAUUUCCAAAAUGACACAAUUUGGGAUUCUGUAAUGCAAUUUCUCAGUUAAAGCCCAAAGUCAUUUAUCCAUAUUUUGUAACUAACAACUAACCAACACUCUUUUUGCUCUUUUACAGCUUUUCAAAUGGAAGGGAGUGGGACUCCUGUCUUCCCAGAUGGCAGGGAGAUUUGUAAGAUGCAUCAACUCCAAUUCUUAAAUCUGUCAAAUGUUUUAAUGAUUUUAAUAAAAUGUCACCUGAAUUUCA